CGAUCUUUCACGAUUUCUUGUAUUGCAAGUAAUACGUUUUGGCUUUGGAGGUGAGAUUUGGUUAAUUAAUGCAUGAGAAAACCACAAAGGAGAGGAGGAACGAUGGCGAUGGAGAAGUCUAGCUCAAAGUACAGAACACAGUUCUGGUACGUUGCAAUGGCCUCUUUCCUCCUCUGGCUUGUCUUGCUUUACCUUUUCAGUUCUUCCGCAAAAACCGUUCAUAACCACGAGAGAUUGUUCCGGCAAGAAAACAUCAUCGAUCUCCCUGUCGAAAACGUCGCACAGAACCAUGAAUCUUAUGAAGCUCCUGUCGUUGUCUCUGAGGCCAUUUCCGUUGACAACAGCUCUCUUCCUGUCUCUGUCGAUUCAUCUCCCGUUGUUGAUCAGAUGUCAGAAGACAAGAAGGUCGUGACUGAUCUCGUUGAGGAGCUCGAGAAAGAAAGGGUUGAGAAAGAGAAGAAGAGAGUUGAUACGGUUGUAACUGGACGGUCAUCGAGGACAAGGAGAGGAAAUCGAGAGUCACGAAAGACGAGAUCUUCGGGUAGAUUGGAGGCAGAUAUGAAAAGGGUUCGUCGUAGUAUUGAUGAUGAUGAGAGCAAUUUGGAGGAGAACAGUGUUGAGAAUCAUCAAUCAUCCGACAAAGAACCAAACUAUUUCGAGUCUAAGACUAACGUGGAACCCAAGAAAGAACAAGUUGAUGAUAAUGAUGAAGACUUGGAAAACAAGAAAGGCAAGGAAUUGGAGAAUGAUGGAUCUGAUAAUGAUCUCCAAGGUGAUGAUAACACCGCUAAAAUAGUAUCCAAACCAAAAACUCAGAGAAACUACGCGUCGAGUAACAGUACUUCCCAGGCCAAAACCAGAGUAAAUACCAAGAGAAACCAACCUAAGAAAGAUCAGAAAGUUAUGCUACAGCCAAUAGAAACAAGACGUAACGAUCCAUGUAAAGGAAAAUACGUGUAUAUGCACGAGGUGCCAGCUUUGUUUAACGAAGAGCUUCUCAAGAACUGCUGGACAUUGAGUAGGUGGACUGAUAUGUGUGAAUUAACGUCCAAUUUUGGUUUAGGCCCUCGUCUACCGAACAUGGAAGGAGUUUCUGGUUGGUAUGCCACGAACCAAUUCACAUUGGAAGUGAUAUUUCACAACAGGAUGAAGCAGUACAAGUGCUUGACCAAAGACUCGUCUCUAGCUUCCGCGGUGUUUGUACCUUACUAUCCGGGUUUAGACUUGAUGAGGUUUUUAUGGGGACCGUUCCCUUCCAUGAGAGAUGCCGCGGCGCUUGAUUUGAUGAAGUGGCUUAGGGAGAGUCAGGAGUGGAAGAGGUUGGACGGAAGAGAUCAUUUCAUGGUGGCUGGUCGCACCACUUGGGACUUUAUGCGUACACCGGAGAAUGAAUCCGACUGGGGCAAUAGGUUAAUGAUCUUACCGGAAGUAAGAAACAUGACGAUGUUACUAAUCGAGUCAAGCCCGUGGAACUAUCACGGUUUCGCGGUUCCUUACCCGACCUAUUUCCACCCUUCAACCUACGCAGAGAUCAUCCAAUGGCAGAUGCGAAUGAGAAGAAUGAAUCGUCGUUACCUAUUCUCCUUUGUAGGUGCCCCACGUCCAAACCUCGGUGACAGCAUAAGAACCGAGAUCAUGGACCAAUGCAAAGCCUCCAAAAGUAAAUGCAAGCUUCUUGAAUGCGUUUCAGGUUCUCAAAAAUGCUAUAAACCCGACCAAAUCAUGAAAUUCUUCUUGAGUUCAACGUUCUGUCUCCAACCUCCGGGUGACUCAUACACACGCCGCUCCACUUUUGACUCGAUCUUAGCAGGCUGCAUACCGGUUUUCUUCCAUCCGGGAUCAGCUUACGCGCAAUAUGUUUGGCAUUUGCCUAAAGAUAUAGCGAAGUAUUCUGUUUUUAUACCGGAGAAAAACGUGAAAGAAGGUAAAGUGAGUAUAGAGAACAUUUUGAGUAGGAUCCCGAGGACGAGAAUUUUCGCGAUGAGAGAACAAGUGAUAAGACUGAUACCGAGGUUAAUGUAUUUUAACCCGUUGAGCAAGAGCGAAGAUACGGGAAGGUUUGAAGAUGCAUUCGAUGUCGCGGUGGAAGGAGUGUUGCAAAGAGUAGAUGGGUUAAGGAAGAGGAUUGAGGAAGGGAACGAGGAGAUCUUUGAUUUCCCUGAGCAGUAUUCUUGGAAAUAUAAUGUGUUUGGGAAUGUUGAGAAGCAUGAGUGGGAUUCUUACUUUGAUAGGCCAUGAAUUGAUUUUGUGUUUGAUAUGUUUUCAAAUUUAUUGGAAGAGUAGACAUGUAGUUGUGAUUGUGAUGGUAGAAAAGAAGUCACGAGGCUCUUAUUUUUUUGAAUUAGUUUUGUUUGAACUUUAUAAGGAUUUGUUUCUAGAUU